AUGCAGCUCGCGAUCAACACAGUCAACCCGCUCAAACUCGUAGCGAAGAUGCAUGAGCACGAAUCCUUUGAACCCGCGGCUGCCCAGGAGAAGACUGCACAUACGUUCCCCGGAGCGGUCCAUAUUCAAGAUGCCGUCCCUUCCACAAAAUUUGCGCUCAAUACGUACAUCCAGCCGCCCUCUCCUCGCACACUAGUCGUAUGGGCCGAUGGCAAUGGAGGCCCCUUAUCUGGAGGAUGGGAAGUACACAUCACCGUGAGCCAUCACCCUUCUUGGACUGAAGCUAGCCUCAUUGCUAUCCAUGAAGCUUUCCGCGCUGCUGGGACGCUGGCUGACCACAUCAAUCACUUGAUCGUGUUCUCGAAUGCACAAGAAGUACUUGCGAACCUUGAAAAGAGCAGCGAUCUCUCGUGGGGACGAGAUGAAGCUCUCGUAGAAAGGGUACAGCAGGCAGCAAAGAAGCUCAUAGUAAAAGAUGUGCAGGUAGAUCUGCAUUUUGUACCAAACCGCACGAAAAUUGAAGGUCAUAGGCGGGUGCAGAAACUCUCCCGAAAGUACAAGAAGAAGGUCUUAGCGGUGGCGCCGAAAGCACUCCUGGAGUACGACAUUGAUCUUCCUCCGAUCAGACUGAAGCAUCAGCAGCACAAGGAUGCAAAAGAAGAGCUGGAGGUGUUGCUGCGCAGCUGCUUAGAAGAUGCGAAGGCGGCAGGCAAAGUUGGACCUCGCAGCUCGUUGAAGCACGAGUGGAAAUUCGAGGCACGUCGUCUACGAAGAGAAGCAAAGAGGGGGUAUAGAGAAAUGAGAGAGCGAGAAGGAAAGCCACUGAUACCGACAGACACGGAGAGAGCGAUAUUGCGGGCGCAAAAGAGACGCCCCGGGAAGGCGUCUGGAGAGCUGACGGAGGACGAAGAGGUUAUAAUCGACGCAGAGGAGAAGAUCCUGGGAUGGAAGGAUCUAUACCAAGAACUCGCAGGUAGCUCGUGGGAAGAUAGAUGGGCACUAAAGAAGUGA